AUGGAUCCGAAAAUUCUCGGCCUGGUGUUCCUGCUAACAGCUUACUUUUACCUGCAUUCGGCUUUCGCAUAUUGGGCGCCGGGUUUCGUGAGAUUCCCCAACAACGUAUGCAACACGCUGGAAAACUUUUCGGGCGUGUGCCUGAGGAAGUCCCAAUGUGCCGAAACGGGCGGCGUGUCGUCCGGUACUUGUGCCAAUGGAAUCGGAAGAUGUUGCCUACACCAAGGAACGUGUGGUGGUUCGUCCAGAUAUAACAACACAUAUUUUAUUAACACCAAUUUUCCCAAUCCUGCUGGAACGGCGAGUUUCUGCACGUUUUCCAUCAUACCGGAAUCAAGGAGCAUAUGCCAGAUAAGACUGGACUUCCUCUCAUUCACCUUGUCUCAGCCGGACGGAACGGGCAGGUGCGUGUUUGAUUCCUUUAUAGUGACAGGCGCAGGAUCAACGGUUCCGAUAAUAUGCGGAGAAAACACCGGUCAACACGUGUAUUUAAUGGUAAAUGGCGUGGAUCCCAUUCAACUCUCCAUCACCAUAUCCACCUUGGUGUCGCUCUCCCGGAGUUUUAAUAUCAAAAUCACGCAGAUCGCCUGCGAUUGCCCCACUUUGGCUCCUGCGGGAUGCUUGCAGUAUUAUACAGCCCCAUCGGCUACAGUCUCCAGUUUCAAUUACGGAAUGGAUUUGAAUGGUAACAUCAACAAUUUCGGUAACGGUACAAUGGUAGCUGGAACGAGGCAGCUGGCAAACACGAAUUACGGAAUAUGCGUGAAUAUGCUACCUGGAUUUUGUUCGAUUACGUGGGCUCAAUCAGCUGAUCCCACGUCUUUUACUAUAACUCAAGAUACUGCUGCUGAUGCCACUGUUUCCGGGCUUCCCAGCAAUCCUUUGGUAGGCGGCAAUUGCACCACUGAUUACGUGGUAAUUCCUAAUCCGUAUUAUCCCAACAGGACCGCCGUUAUGGGUACUGAUAGGUUUUGUGGAAACCAGUUUCUUACUGUUACAACUUCAUCGAAACCGUUCGUUUUAAGAACUGUGACCGAUGGUAAUGAAAAUGCUGAUGCAGCUAAUAGAGGAUUUGCGCUAACUUACAGUCAACAAGCGUGCUCGAAUACUGAUGCUUUAGUACUAGGGAAAUAA